GGCGCUGCCUACCGCGGAGAGCCGCUGGAUAAUCUCUCCCUGCAGGAAUUAGAUGUGUGGAGAGCCUUACAGGUGGAUCCAGGACCGACCGGAGAGACCUGCUCCCGCCGGCUCGCUUUCCCACGUAGGGGUGGUUCACCGUGAAAAUGAUCUUCUGCAACAUUCCUCAGCACUAAGCCGGCAGUAUGGCUCCUGUUCCUCCUUCCAGAGAGGAGACCAGCAGCUCAUUAGCACUGCGCUGGAGGCUAACGCCGACAUAGAUAUCCACCGCAGAGGACACCCGCUUCAAACUGCGCCCCAGCAAGCUGAACUGAACUCCACAGUCAACGUCAAACACCUGAAUACGUCUCCCAGAAUAAUCCAGACGGGUGCCAAAGUGGCACAUGUUCAGGACAGUGAACUCACCACAGCGUUCCAACAUCUGGACUGAGGCCUUGGACCAUGUUCUGUCUCUGAUCGGGUGCUUCGGUGGCGGAGCUGGCCCGCGCAGCUCCUCCACACUUGUACAAACUCAGACUCUGAGCCAUGUCUCUUCUCCCAGCUCUGAGCAUCGUCUGUGGAUUGAUGCUUUAUGUUUUCUUUUGUACAGUCAAUACUCAGUAUUGUGUCCCACGAAACACUGUCCUCUACCAGGACAAACUGAAGUUGUUCAAAGAAGAAGGGAUCUUCAACUACUCCACUAUGUUGAUGAGAGACGACCUGGGUGUGUUGCUGCUCGGAGCACGAGAGGCCAUCUAUGCUCUGGACAUUAACAACAUCUCAGUCAGAAAAGCUGCAGUGUAUUGGCGAGUCCCUGAGGAGAAGCAGAGGGGGUGCACGUACAAGGGAAAACACUCUGAGGUGGAAUGCCGCAACUACAUCCGAACCCUGCACAGAAUGAAUGACACAACAAUGUAUGUGUGUGGCACAAAUGCGUUCAGCCCGACCUGUGACUAUUUGACAUUUUCUAAUGGACGGCUGAUCCUAGAGGGAAAGAAGGAGGAGGGAAAAGGGAAGUGUCCUUUUGAUCCCUUUCAGAGGUACUCCUCCCUCAUGGUUGGAAAUGACCUGUAUUCUGCUACAUCCAUCAACUUCUUGGGCUCGGAGCCUGUGGUUCUGCGCAGCUCAAACUUGGCUCUCCGCACAGAGUUCAAAAGCUCCUGGCUCAGUGAGCCCAACUUCGUCUACAUGGACUUUGUGAGCGAGAGCUUUGACAGUCCAGAUGGCGACGAUGAUAAGGUGUACUUAUUCUUCAGUGAAAAUGCCAUGGAGUAUGACUUCUACAGCAAAGUCGCUGUAUCACGAGUGGCCCGUGUCUGCAAGGGGGAUAUGGGUGGGCAGCGGACACUGCAGAGGAAGUGGACGUCGUUCCUGAAAGCACGUCUGGAUUGUCCACUCCCUGAACCCAGCCUGCCCCCCAUUGUCCAGGAUGUCUUCCUGCUGAAGCACGAGGACUGGAGGAAGAGCGUCUUCUACGCCGUCUUCACGCCGCAGUCGAGCUUGUCCCAGGUGUCUGCAGUGUGUGCUUACAAAGUGUCUGUCAUUAGAGAUAUUUUCAACGAGGGGAAGUUCAAGACGCCAGUCGCUGUGGAGACAUCCCAUGUGAAGUGGGUGAUGUACACUGGUGAGGUGCCCGUCCCCAGACCAGGAGCGUGCAUCAAUAAUGUGGCACGUGGAAUGGGGAUGAAUCGUUCGUUGGAUCUUCCAGACAAAACCCUGCAGUUCAUCAGGGACCGUCCUCUUAUGGAUGAAGCUGUCCGUCCCCUGACGGACGGGCCGCUGCUGGUGAAGAAAGGAGCCUCCUUCACUCGGAUUGUCGUGGACAGUGUAACGGCUCUGGAUGGACAGAAAUACAAUGUCAUGUUUAUCGGCACUGAGAAUGGCUACAUUCAAAAGGCUGUUAAUUAUGAUGGGAAGAUGUUCAUUAUUGAGGAGCUUCAGGCAUUCGAAAACCCAGCACCAGUCAGCAUCCUGCGCCUCUCUUCCUUGAAGGGUCAGUUGUACGCUGGUUCGGAGUUUGGUGCAAUCCAAAUGCCGGUCGCUAACUGCAGCCACUAUGAGACUUGUGUGGACUGCGUCCUGGCCAGGGAUCCUUACUGCGCCUGGGACUUGUCCGGUGCGGUGUGCUCAGCCGUCGGCAGCUUGUCCUCCCCUCCGAACACUGGAAUACAGAGUCUGCAGGAGGGGGAUGUGGCGCAGUGUCCUUCCCAAGCUCCGGUAGCAGCUGUCGACUUAACACUGGUUCCACAAAACAAUAUCCAGCUGCUCUGCCAGCCUCACUCCAACUUGGCACAGGUGUACUGGCGUCUCUCCGACCAAACGCUGCACUCCAGUGACAAAUACUACAUCUACGGCGGAGGCCUCCUCAUCCUGAGGGCCUCUGAAUCAGACGUGGGCCUGUACGUGUGUGACUCAGUAGAGCAGAUAAACGGCAGAGCGUAUAACAGGACUGUGGCAACCUAUCGUCUGCAGCUCUACUCUGGCCCGGCAGUGGGAGGCAGCCCCAGUCCCGGCACCGAGGUGACAAAUUCCUCCGACUCUGUUCACAGUCUGAAUACAGCCGCACCGGGGCCAAAGCCAGAGCCGGAGAUUACGGACCCGCUGCUCCCCGAGAAUCAAAGCGAAGGUGGCAGGGUGACGCGCCUGGAGGUGGCCGUGGCGCUGCUGUCGCUGUUCUGCCUCUCUCUGAUGGGGGUCAUUUUCUGGAUCUUGUAUCGGGGGCGUUUGGAGUGUUUCAAGUUCGCGCAGAGCUCCAGCUCAAGCGAGUCGAAAAGGCAGUCGGCCGAGUACACUCACAUCCCAAACAGAACUUCAGAGAUAAAGCUCCUGGGGCCCGAGUCUGGGAGACCUUGCAGUGCCAAUAAUAAUCACACUGCUGUUGACUUCAAAGGGAACGGGGAGCACCACUUCACACCUAUGGCCAACAUUUCAAGUCUGGACGGUCUGGGAUACAUAAAUGAUGAGUCAGAGAUUUGACUCUGCUGAGGCAUACAAUUCAGUGCAAGGCCACUGCUAGUGCACUCAUUAUCUUCCUCUAGCUGUAUUUCUGCUGGGACUUUGCUUUCAAAAACUGUUUUCACAUGUAAAAUUCUCUGAUUGGUGUCCUGUUUCUCUUUGCCAAUUUUCUACAGUCUAUCAUUUCCAUAGACCUACUGGGCAGCUGAUGUUCUCUAGGAAACAGUUUAAAAAAAUUCUUGUUUUUUUUUUUUUUUUUUUUUUUAGAAAUGUCUAUUUUUUGUAUGAUUUGUGAAUAUAAUUAUUGUUAAAUAUUAUGUAUAGCCAGUACUUUUUUAAAAUAUUUAUUUUUCACACUCGGUUUUUUUUUUUUUUUUUUACUUAAUAUUCAGAUGUUGUGUAACAAUUGUAAAUGUGGCCAACAAUGAACAAGUAGCAUGUUGAUCUUUGAUUUCCAAGCACAUUUCAGUUUAAGUUAACAUCCCACCUUCAGAGCAUCCUUCCAAUAUUUUUGAUGUGUUAAAGAUAUAUUAAUAAAUUGUUUUGCUCCAAUAUAUCACAGUGGCUCUGGAAAUAAGCAAACAGCAUCAAAAGGUGCAUUGAAAGACUAGAUUACAUUGAUCAGUUGUUCCUACAGUCGUGACUUAUAUCCUAACAGAAAUCGUUGUUAAACUUUAUUGUGGGGGUGGGAGGGGGGGGAGGGGGGGGGGUGUUAUCUGAUCUAAUUAAAUAUUCUAUUUUGAGAUGACUAUUUUUUUAUUUUCAUGAUUUGUAAUGUAAAAUGAAAUGAUGUGUAAGUUUAUGUAAAUAUAAAAUGUGUGCAUCAUUUUA